AAACUGCUACGAAAUCGCUCUCGAAAGUGAGUCCUAGCCCGAGAACGUCUCUGGUGUUUAAGAAGAAUGGUGGAGUGUGGACGUUUCAGAUGGGUGACCUGGACACAGACAACAGUAUGUGCUACCACUUCUACCUCGGCCAGCCCUUCAUGAUGAUUUACCCCAACGGGAAGUUGAUGCAG